AAAAACGAAAAACAAACCCAGCCCUGGGACACAGGCUGCCAGCUUGCAUUCGAGGGCAUUUAGAGCUGUGGUCGUGAGCUCCCUGUCACUGGCAUCACCGUGCUAGGUGCGCGCUCGGCUCUCCCAUUGGUAUGCAGCGACCAUUUCCCUGCAAGUCUCAAAGGUGGAACCACUUAGAUGGAUUACAAGCGUGAUUUGGUGGCCUUUCAAAAAGUUGGUGGCCGGAGAAGGAACAACUGCAAGGCUACGGCAUGAUGGAUAUAAUUCAGCCUUCCAGAGAGUUUGCAGCUCCCGCAGGGAAGCCCCUAGGAGCAAACCUCGGAGAUCGUGAGCGCUCUACAAGGAUAGUUUUAUAAUCAACCACGAAGGAUGAAACCGUCCAUAGCUGAGAUGCUUCAUAGAGGGAGGAUGUUGUGGAUUAUUCUUCUAAGCACAAUUGCUCUGGGAUGGACUACCCCGAUUCCCCUGAUAGAGGACUCAGAGGAAAUAGAUGAGCCCUGCUUUGAUCCAUGCUACUGUGAAGUUAAAGAGAGCCUCUUUCAUAUACAUUGUGACAACAAAGGAUUUACAAAUAUUAGUCAGAUUACCGAGUUCUGGUCCAGACCUUUUAAACUGUAUCUGCAGAGGAAUUCGAUGAGGAAAUUGUACACCAACAGUUUUCUUCAUUUGAAUAAUGCUGUGUCCAUUAACCUGGGGAACAAUGCAUUGCAGGACAUUCAAACAGGAGCUUUCAAUGGUCUUAAGAUUUUAAAGAGGCUCUAUCUCCACGAGAACAAACUAGAUGUCUUCAGAAAUGACACCUUCCUGGGCUUGGACAGUCUCGAAUAUCUGCAGGCAGAUUACAACGUCAUUAAACGAAUUGAGAGUGGGGCAUUUCGGAACCUAAGCAAACUGAGGGUUCUGAUUUUAAAUGAUAAUCUCAUCCCCAUGCUUCCAACCAAUUUGUUUAAGGCCGUCUCCUUAACCCAUCUGGACUUACGUGGAAAUAGGUUAAAGGUUCUGUUUUAUCGAGGAAUGCUAGACCACAUUGGCAGGAGCCUGAUGGAGCUCCAGCUGGAAGAAAAUCCCUGGAACUGUACAUGUGAGAUUGUGCAACUGAAGAGUUGGCUGGAACGUAUUCCUUACACUGCCCUGGUGGGAGACAUCACCUGUGAGACCCCUUUCCACUUUCACGGAAAGGACCUGCGAGAAAUCAGGAAGACAGAACUCUGUCCUUUGUUGUCUGACUCUGAGGUGGAGGCUAGUUUGGGGAUUCCCCACUUGUCUUUGAACAAGGAGAAUGCAUGGCCCACUAAGCCUUCCUCAAUGUUGUCUUCUGUCCAUUUUACUGCUUCUUCUGUUGAAUACAAGUCCUCAAAUAAACAGCCCAAACCCACCAAACAACCCCGAACGCCACGGCCACCAUCCACAUCCCAAGCUUUAUACCCUGGUCCAAACCAACCUCCCAUUGCUCCUUACCAGACCAGACCACCCAUUCCCAUCAUAUGCCCUACUGGCUGUACCUGUAAUUUGCACAUCAAUGACCUUGGCUUGACUGUCAACUGCAAAGAGCGAGGAUUUAAUAACAUUUCUGAACUUCUUCCAAGGCCACUGAAUGCCAAGAAACUGUACCUGAGUAGCAAUCUGAUUCAGAAAAUAUACCGUUCCGAUUUUUGGAAUUUCUCUUCGUUGGAUCUCUUGCAUCUCGGGAACAAUCGUAUUUCUUAUGUCCAGGAUGGGGCCUUCAUCAACUUGCCCAACCUAAAGAGCCUCUUUCUCAAUGGCAAUGAUAUCGAGAAGCUGACACCAGGCAUGUUCCGAGGCCUACAGAGUUUGCACUACUUGUACUUUGAGUUCAAUGUCAUCCGGGAAAUCCAGCCUGCAGCCUUCAGCCUCAUGCCCAACUUGAAGCUACUAUUCCUCAAUAAUAACUUGUUGAGGACCCUGCCAACGGACGCCUUUGCAGGCACAUCCCUGGCCCGGCUCAACCUGAGGAAAAACUACUUCCUCUACCUUCCUGUGGCUGGUGUCCUAGAGCAUUUGAAUGCCAUUGUCCAGAUAGACCUCAAUGAGAAUCCCUGGGACUGCACCUGUGACCUGGUCCCCUUUAAACAGUGGAUCGAAACCAUCAGCUCAGUCAGUGUAGUCGGGGAUGUACUCUGCAGGAGCCCUGAAAACCUCACCCACCGUGAUGUGCGCACUAUCGAGCUGGAAGUCCUCUGCCCAGAGAUGCUGCACACUGCACCGGCGGGAGCCUCCCCGGCCCAGCCCGGAGAUUCUCACUUUGCUGGCCGGCCAACAAGUGCAUCACCGUAUGAGUUCGCUCCCUCCGGAGGCCCCGUGCCACUUUCUGUGUUGAUUCUCAGCCUGCUGGUUCUGUUUUUUUCAGCAGUCUUCGUAGCUGCAGGCCUCUUUGCUUACGUGCUGCGCCGGCGCCGGAAGAAGCUGCCCUUUAGAAGCAAGCGGCAGGAAGGUGUAGACCUUACUGGUAUCCAGAUGCAAUGCCACCGGCUUUUUGAAGAUGGUGGAGGAGGUGGAGGUGGAGGUGGAGGUGGGGGUGGAGGUGGGGGUCGACCGACCCUUUCGUCCCCAGAGAAGGCCCCUCCCGUGGGUCACGUGUAUGAGUACAUCCCCCACCCAGUUACCCAGAUGUGCAACAACCCCAUCUACAAGCCUCGUGAGGAAGAGGAAGUGGCUGUUUCGUCAGUCCAGGAGGCAGGGAGUGCAGAACGUGGGGGCCCGGGCACACAAGCGCCGGGAAUGGGGCAGGUUCUCCUAGGAAGUGAGCAGUUUGUCGAGACGCCCAAGGAGAACCACAGCAACUACCGGACCUUGCUGGAGAAAGAAAAGGAGUGGGCCCUGGCAGUGUCCAGCUCCCAGCUCAACACCAUAGUGACAGUGAACCAUCAUCACCCUCACCCUCAUCACCCAGCAGUUGGUGGGGUUUCGGGGGUAGUUGCAGGAACUGGAGGAGACUUGGCUGGGUUCCGCCACCAUGAGAAGAACGGUGGGGUGGUGCUGUUUCCUCCCGGGGGAGGCUGUGGUGGUGGCAGUGUACUACUAGACCGAGAGAGGCCACAGCCAGCUCCCUGCACAGUGGGAUUCGUGGACUGUCUCUAUGGCACAGUGCCCAAAUUAAAGGAACUGCACGUCCACCCUCCUGGCAUGCAAUACCCAGACUUACAGCAGGAUGCCAGGCUCAAAGAAACCCUUCUCUUCUCGGCUGGAAAGGGCUUCACAGACCACCAAACCCAAAAAAGUGAUUACCUCGAGUUAAGGGCCAAACUUCAAACCAAGCCGGAUUACCUCGAAGUCCUGGAGAAGACAGCAUAUAGGUUCUAACAGAAAAAGAAAAAAAUUAAUUAGUGCUUUUUUUUUUCUCAAAAGAAAAGGAAAAUGAAAGAAAUAUAUCCCUUGCUCCCUUUACACUUGUCCCAAUAACUUCACUCUCACAAACGUCCCUGCCCUGAACAGAACUGAAACCGCAUGAUAACUAGAAAAUACAGAUGUGUGUGCUCCCCUCCCAGAUGUGAUUUGGAGGAAGGGCCAUACUCAGAUAAUUAAUCAAUGAAGUGCCUUCGCAGACUUUUGCCAGCAAAUGUUAUCAUUAUUUUUUUAUACUGAAACUUGAGACUUUGACUGUGCCAUGUAUAAGGUGUAUUGGGGAUCAUUGUAUUGAUCCUAAUUAAGUAAAAUUCAAUGUGUCUUUUAAUUUUCAGUAACUUUUUUUCAGUUGUAGUUUUGUUUGACAGGGAGGGGAGAAAACAAGUUGACAUCCGUGGCUCUCUUUCCUCUUCCCAUCAUGGCACAGAUUCUGUACAUGUAUUAACAAUGCAGUUUGCUGCAUGCCUGGAAACUGCAAGACGGGGAGGGAGGGGGCGGGUCUUGCUCGAAUGUUCUCACCCACUCUUUUUUCUUUUUCCUCACACAUAUACCCACAAGCAAAUCACAAAUCCCUGCACACAGUUAGGUCCCUAAACCCGCAGCCUCUUGCUUCUGGUGCCAGUACACAUACACACACACACACACACACACACACACACACACACACAUCCCACUCCCAUUCAAUUCAAUCUAAUUAGUUUGGGUUUGAUCCAUUUGUCACCUCUUCAUAGCUCCACCUUCCCUUCACCCCUAGUGUACAGCUCACAUCUCUCCUACCACUCGGGGAAAGUCAUAUUCUAGGCUGGAUCCUACUGAAGUGGAGGCCUGGUGGUUUAACAGCCGGAGGCACACACCUAGGGAUGAGCAUCCUCUUUGUGACACUCCAUCCUGAUGCCAAGAUUUUUUGGAAAACAUCUGCACUUUCUUAUAUAUAUAUACAUAUAUAUAUAAUAUUACAAAAAAAUAAAAAAGCAACUGGGUAUAUAUCACUAACAGCUUUGUAGGAAGCACUUUUAAUGUUUUCUCUCUCACACACAAAGAUUCAAAAGAAAUGUGCAUAUAUUUAUUCUGUAAUUUCAGUGAUUAUAAAUUGUAAAGGUAAUGUUUAAUCAUUGUAUAGUGAUUAUGCGUCUGGUAUAGCUUUCCUAAUAAAAAGUUUUUGAAAAACAUAAUACAUUAUAUAUAGAGGAUACAAAGCUUGAACCUUAAAUUGCAGCUAUGCCAUGCCUUUCAUGCUCCCAUUAAAAACAAACAUUUUUCUUUUACUUGUUAUACAGAAGGCUAGUUUAUUAACAAGUUUUAUGCACUGUGAUGUUGAUAAAUCUUAUAACCUACCACCCCUAUCCCAUGCCAGGAUGCAAUUUGGGACUUAAAAAAAAUCUGAUUUAUACUUCUUUUCUCUUUCUAUUAUGUAUUUCUAACUUAGUAACCCAGUGAUGCACCGUUUUUCCUAGGCAGGAUGCAAUUGGGAAAAAAAGUAAAGUAACUAGAUUGUUAAGAAAUACAGGAUUAAUUAAGAGGAGGAAAUCAAGGAUCCAUGCAUCUUAAGACAGUAAAUAACAAAGGAAAAAUUGCUAUUCUUUAAAAAUACAUGCACUAAAAUUACACACACACACAUACACACACCAAUCAAAAUCUAAGGCCUUAGAGCCAAUUUGACUCUCAAAUUUCUGUUAUCUGUGAAAUUUGUCAUUGUGAUAUUUAGCUACUGUUUUUUCUAACCACUUACUACCGCAAGUUGCCCCAGUCAUGCUUGAAAUAAGACAGAGGAUGUCGAAUGAGUUUUUGUUUCUGUAUGACAUCAAAAUGAUGGUUAAAAAUUAAUCUAAUAAUAAUCCAAGUUAUAACUCAUUUACAUGUGAGCAAAACCAAAGAAAAUCAGAUUUUUAAAGUGCCAGUAUCUUGUUUGUGAAACUGAACUGAUAGAGCGCUUUGGGCAGGCACUUAUCUCAUUAUGCCAUUAGAGGGCAGCAGAGCUCCAGAGAUUCACCGACUGUAGCUGCAGAAUUGUGCAGUGUUC